CCUCCCCCGCAGCAGCGAUCAGCACUCCGGCUGAGCCGUGAUGAAGCAAGCACGGAGGAUGAGGAUGCUGGCCGGACCACAAUGAUUCCCCAUGAGAAGCGUGUCAUCGCGUGCUGGCAUCAUGCUGUACUUCCAGUUGGUGGUGAUGGCCGGGACCGUCAUGCUGGCCUACUACUUUGAGUACACCGACACCUUCAGUGUGCACGUGCAGGGGUUCUUUUGCUACGACACCACCUACACCAAACCCUACCUUGGACCCGAGGACCACAGCGCCGUCCCGCCCAUCCUGCUCUACUCGGUGGUGGCCGGCUUGCCAACGCUGCUGAUCACGCUAACAGAGACGGUGCUGUUCCUGGUCCAGUACACGUCUCAGGAGUUUGACCGCUUAGAGAAGACGGUGGCCACAGGAGACUGCUGCUACCUCAAUCCGCUGGUGCGCAGGACCUUUCGUUUCCUGGGAGUCUACACCUUUGGCCUCUUCACCGUGGACAUCUUCGUCAACGCCGGCCAGGUCGUGACUGGAAACCUGGCACCUUAUUUCCUGACCAUCUGCAAACCCAACUACACGGCGCUGGGGUGCUACCAGGCCCUGCGCUACAUCAGCCACCGGGAGGCCUGCACAGGAAACCAGGAAGACAUCCUGCACGCCCGAAAAACCUUCCCGUCCAAGGAAGCCGCUCUCAGCAUCUACGCCGCACUCUACAUGGCCAUGUACGUGACGUGCACGGUUCACGCUAAAGGAACUCGCCUCGCCAAGCCCGUGUUGUCCAUGGCGCUGGUGUGUCUGGCCUUCGUCACGGGACUCAAUCGCAUCGCUGAAUACCGCAACCACUGGUCAGAUGUGAUCGCGGGCUUCAUCAUCGGCACUGCCAUCGCCACCUUCCUGGUGGUGUGCGUGGUGCACAAGUUCAAAGGCAAGUUAUUACUGAAUGAAGACACGGCAGCGGAAUGGCACGCCACCACAGCGAUGCUGGCCAUGGACAGUCCUCUGGAGAAGUACGUCACUGCACAGAACCACAUCACCUUUGCGGAGGUCACAUGACGUGGCGUCAGCUGUGUGGCAGACCCUUUGGACCCCUCCCGGCAGACAAUCCAACCCGCCCAAGUGUCUCCUGUCCGUGCGUGCGUUGUUCCAUCCCCCUCUUCAUCCUUUCUGUGAAGGACACCAAUCUCUGCACUCAUCAUUCCCAUCAUUCCCAUCAUUCCCAUCAUUCCCACACUCCCAGACCAAGACGGAUGCAAGAAGCUUGUUUUUCCAGACCUUGACUCAUUGAGGUACUGAAUUGUUCUUCCUGAUCCAUCACACGCUUCCGAGGCAACAUCCCCAUCAUCAUGUCAACAUUGCCAAUAAAUAGCACCAUUAGGCUUCCAAGUACAUCUACAGGACCAACGCGGCAGAAGGAGGGUUCCUACUUCAGGGAUGUUCAUUUUUCUAUUUCCUCUUGAGGUGUCAAAACGGCAUGAAGAGUGUGAAACCCGGUUCUCCUGUCAGACCUGAGUUGAGCAUAUUGUCUGACUGCUGUGUUGAUCAGAAUGUCACACUAGAAGCUGGACCUUUCUUCAUGUAUCAAACAGUAUUCUUCUCUCCCUCCGUAUGAUUCCUGAAACAUCACCAAACGUCACCAAACUCCUUCUACCCCAAAUAGCGGUACGUAUUGUUAUUAAUAAUACCGCCAUCGCUAUGCCCAUGCUAAUAUUCCAAUGGGCAAAUGUCCAAAACGCUCCAAAACCAGCAUUUGUUGUGAAGAAAUUUACACCGCAAACUUCACCUCCUGUAGCUCGAAGCUAACGUUAGCCACGGCAAGUAUUAUUCUUCUAAGACUAGACCUCACUGGACCUCACUCCUUACCUUUACGUUUCCUCUUGAUGGAUGGAUGAGCUCAUUGUUUGGUGUUGCAAUGAAAAGAUUCCUACCACAAACAACAGCCUAUAAAGUCAACUUUGCUCGUGACAUUUUCAGGUUGAAUUUCUGAUCAAGCUUUCUAUUGGCUGUAAACCUGGCAACGAUAGCCAAUCAUAGCUCAGCCCGACGGAAGACAUUCCUACACAUGCGCACGAGGAUCCUUGGAUCAUCACUAGUCAACGUUCAUGCGUUUGUGACAAGAUGUUGAUUUCCUGGCAUCCUCACCCGUGGGUAGUUCUCCGUGUUAUUGUCUCAGCGUGUCCAACAAGGCUAAUGUUCUACAUGCUUUUAUUAGCAACAGCCUUGCACGGGGAUCUUCUCAUCAUUUCUCCACGCCACAAAAGUAGAAAAGGGAUAUUUUGUUGAAACUAUUUUUCAUUUAAUGGACAUCAAAUCCAUAACAAUAAUCCACAAACACCCCCAGAACGACCAGUCCAGGGUGUACCCCGCCUCUCGGCCAAGACAGCUGGGAUAGGCUCCAGCAUGCCAGCGUCCCUCAUCAGGAUAAGCGAUACAGAAGAUGGAUGGAUGGAACCCCCCCCCAGAAGCAUGGGAGCAGUGAGGCCCAUUCCUUUAGAGUUCCUUGAUUGGCACCAGGCCAGGAGCACAGCUGAGAAGAUAGCACCUGUUGAUUGAAGCUAGCCGUUCUUCACGGAACUUUGGUAUCGGCUGUGUUGACGUGGCUUCUUACUGUUUGAUCGGAGGCCAAGUGGUUGGUGCACAGGCCUCACAGCGAGGAGACCCGAGUUCAAUGUGGGUGGGAACGGUUGUCUAUAUGUGCCCUGGGAUUGGCUGGCCACCAGUCCAGGGUGGAUCCCGCCUCUGGGAUAGGCUCCAGCACCCCCGCGACCCUCGUGAGGAUAAGCGGUAGAAAAGGAAUGAAUGAUUCUGCAUAUCUAGAUCCAUCCUAUGUGCGUGAGAAGUUCAAUGAGGUAUCAUUUAGGUAGAAGAUCCCACCAACCUGACCCCCUCCUGCACUGAAAAAUGCCCCCCAGCCUCACCCCAGCCCUGCUUAAAGGCAAUAAGAGUGAUUUUAAUGGUUAGCUCUUGUAGGCAAACUAUCAGAUGGAUAUUAUGUUUUGUAAAAAAAGAUCUAUAUAUUUAAUAGCAGGGCUGUCUGGAUAAUAAUGUCAAAAGAGAAGAAAAUGGAAAUGACUUUGAAAGUAAAAAAGGAAGGGUUGACUCCACUUGUCUUUAGAAGGAAAGAAAGAGCGAGCUGUCAAACGCUUUGGUAUUGCUCCCUUUCUUUGGCGUUUUAGUAUUAGUACUAUCUACUAUUAGUACUAUCAAAUACCAUCCUCACGUGUCAUUUCAGAAUCCUUGUGUUGGCUUUUAUUGUGGUGAGAAUGUCCAGUCCAAGUAGAAGCUUCCUUUGUCGCAAAGAGUCAACAUGUGUUCCAGACAAAAUCUACCGUCUUGUACAUACACAUUUCCUCAUCACUUUCACUUUCACUUUGACCUUCAAUGGCUGUGGAUCGUUAGUCGUUCAUAUUUCUCUGCUUUCAGACAUCGUGUACUUUUAUCACGUCCGUGUAGGCUGUGAUGCUUGCUGAGCAUCGAUGAUGUCAUCGUAGCGUACAUACAGUAGUGUUGUCACUGCACUGUCCCAAGGUGGAUCCCUGAACUCACCGUGUGUUAUCUUUGAUGUGCUAACACGUGUACACCGUACAGCCUAGCAGACCACAGGUAGUACAUCUUCAUGCCUCAAUGGAAUAGAUGACCAUGUGCUAACACAGCUAGCAUGUACAAGAAGCAGACCACGGGUAGUACAUCUUUAUGCUGUUUUCUGACGAGUCCAUCCAAUACGUACCAGAGACGCACAGAGCAUCACACUUUUUGUCAAUCAUGAAGAAUUUACAUGUUUGGUGGUCCUUGAACGCACCAUGGUUGUGUGCUGAGAUGCAAACGUCAAACUAGAAGUAGGUUUCUGACAUUUAUCAUGGAUGAGCUAUACAUUGGACACGUGUAGACGUCGUGUGUGAGGCAUACGUGGGGAUGAAAUGGGGAUGAAAUGGGGAUGAAAUGUGGAUGGUGUUAUGAGUGAACAAUGGCAAUUGAAGAGAGGAGAGGCUUCUGCAGCGAACCUAAUCAUUACCACACUGACUUUUAUUGCAAAUGUCAAUCUACAAUUGGAAAAACCUCAACGUGUGAGACGGAGUGAGACGUGUUUCCAUGGCCGUGCCAAUGACUCCAUGACGUGUAUUUACGUUCUUUCUCCUGCCAUUCCACACAAAUAUGGAACCAAUAAAAGCAAAGGUUUGAAGUAAUCCUGAUGUCUCUGAUUUGCAGCUACAGCUUUUCCAGUUGCCAGGCGGAUGUAGUCACCGUAUGCCAACGUGGUCUGGGCUUAAUCAUCUCUCUCAUCAAUCACCUCUCUCCUUUGGGACAGCAGGAAGGAUUCCCACACGGCCAGGCACUGCAAGCAAACGUCCCUUGUCAUCAUUCAAUACCUCACGUGGUUGCUAUGUGGGCCUGCAACCCUGGGCUCGCUUCAACUCAUCCACUCCAGUCAGUCUACUCUACUGUCCACUCUACUGGAUGGAGUCUACCACAGAAUGGAGGGUAGAGGUUUGGGAGUACUGGGAGAACUGGGAGUACUGGGAGUACUGGAGGCAGGGAGCCAGGGCGUCUAAGCGUCAUGCUUGAGUUUGUUACCUUUUCAAAGCAUUCCACAUUCUUCUCAGCUGUUGAGACGAAGGCUGACCUGAUGUCACCUCUGGCACUCUUCUGCCAGUAGGUCCAGUCGCUCUUCAAAGCGUUGUUGGCCAAUUCCAUCCGAUCCGCCAAACCCUCCACUUCUUCCUGCAGCUCACCCUAAGAACACAGCAACAAAAACGUCAUACAAACAUGCCCUGAAAUGUUGGCCAAUCAAGCUAACAUGUUUUUGGGAUGGGGGGGGUAGUGGAGCACCCGGAGAAAAGCCACGCGUGCACGGGGAGAACAUGCAAACUCCACACAGAGAUGGCCGAGCGGAGAUUCCAACCCAGGUCUUCCCAUCUCCUGACUGUGGGGCCAACAUGCUAACCAUUCCAGGCACCCAAAAAUCCAUGGAUUGGAUGCAGGAUGGUGAUCCCGGCGUCCCGUACCGUACACCUUGGUGAGAUGGACUUGCGUGGAUUUUGAAAAGUCAUGUUUUGAAGAAUAAUAUCAACAUAAGGCAUUUAGAGGACCCAUUAAAAGAUGUAGUAUUGCACAAAGGCCACUAGGUGUCACAAAUGUUACUGUACUGUUGGGGGAGAAACACAAGCACCAGACUGGAUCCCCACUGUGCAGAGUUUCCAUGUGGCUGCUAGUGCAGCUUCCUCCCGCAGGAUCUUUUUCCUCACCAUCACCACUCCAGGCUUGCCAUCCCUGCCUACGUGUACGGUACACGCGUACAGUACACGCGUACAGUACACGCAUACCGUACUUGUGUACUGUACACGCGUACAGUGUGAGUGUUCAUUAGCCUGAUGAUAACGGAGGACACACAAGGGCAUAUCUUGUCCACGUGUGUCACGAGGACAAGGAAGAAGGAGGCAAGGAGGUGUGAACAUGAACUGAUGUGCGGAUGAAGCAGAACUUACAGCUUCUUGCUCAGCCUUUUUGGAUGCCAGGGUCUCAAAGUCCGCCUGGAUGUUGUCUCUGCGUCGCAUCACAGUCUGAAACAGACAAGCACUGUCCAGCCACUAAAUACCAAUGGCACAAAGGUCAUACAAUCUGGGCUUUGAGCAGCGUCGCUUUGCUUGCGAUGCCCCUGCAGGAGCGUCGCAGAAAUGCAGUCAUGGCAUACCGUAACUGUUCCGGGCCUUACCUUCAGUACUUCACCACACAGCACAUACUCGUGAAGGGCGGGUACCAGGACCUCAGACAGAUGAUGGAUCUGCUUCUCUGUUUCUUUGCGACAUUGCUCCACACAGUUGGCAACAUCUUUCAGGGGCUCCGCCAGGUCCUCCUCCAUGUCCGCCCACUGGGCGUAGGCGGGGCCGCACUGCUUGAGCUCAUCCAAAUACUCUAUUGA